AAAUCUUUAGACCUCUGACCAGGCUUGCAGUGAUGACACAGAGUCUAUGCAGGUUGAACUUGGUUUUCAUCCUGUGGGUCUCCAUGACAUUGGUGUGCUCGGGUUUCCCAGUUGGCCCUUCCAUGAGCACCAACCCGUUGUAUCUGAGCUGCCAGCUGUACGGGAGAUGGGAUUCGUGCCUGGUGCUGCUGAGCAGCUGCCUGUCCAGGGUGGGCAGGGGUGAGGAGCUGCCCCUGGGGAAGCCUCUCCACAAAAGGUCCUUCCGCAACGGCGUCGGAGCGGGAAUUAAAAAAACUUCCUUCCGAAGGGCAAAGUCCUGA